CACUCGUCCCUCAAUCCCUGAAUGUUGCCACCUUCUUCUAUCGUCGUCGAUCUCGGCGAUGUCGCUGAAUGCUUCCAAAGAUGUAUCUUGGAAUGACCAAUUCAGAAGUACCAAUCAGCGCAACAUCAAAGUCCAGGUCGUCAUCUCGGUCGUCUUUGGCCUGAGCGCAUUCCUCUCAUUCUGCGUGCUUCGACCAAAAUGGACCAGCCUAUAUCACGCCCGCAAGAAACAGUCUGACGCAGCCUCACGUCUCCCAGAGCUGCCUAAGACGCUGUUCGGAUGGAUUCCUGUCCUGUACAAGAUCUCUCAAGAGGAGGUCCUCGUGUCGGCUGGCCUUGAUGCCUAUGCCUUCUUGGCCUUCUUUCGAUAUGCUAUCAAAUAUCUCUCGAUCACCCUCUUCUUUUCCCUGACCAUUAUUCUGCCUGUCAACUACAAAUUCACGGGUCAACCGCUUUUCCCCAAUUCUCCUGUCAACGGAACCGAUCCAGACCAUGAUCAUAAUUCCACUUUCGCAUUCGAUCCGAACAACCCGAAGAAGGGUGUCAUUGAGAAAGACAAUAGCUAUCUGUGGAUGUACACUGUAUUCGUGUACUUCUUUACGUUCGUUGCCUUGUACCUUUUGACCCAAGAGACGAAGAACAUUAUACGCGUCAGACAAGCAUAUUUGGGUACUCAAGCCACUAUCACCGACCGGACGCUCCGCUUGUCAGGAAUUCCAGCGGACCUGCGGUCGGAAGACGCCAUCAAGGACUUCAUUGAGGGACUGGGGAUUGGAAAAGUCGACAGUGUCAUGUUGUGUCGAAAUUGGCAGACUCUAGAUAACCUCAUGUCCAAGAGAAUGGCAUGCUUGCGCAAACUCGAAGAGUCAUGGACAGUCUACCUCGGACAUCAUCACUCCUUGCGCCAUUCACGAGCUCGACAACGACAGCGCGAUCAAAUCGGUGAUGUGGAAGAAAACGGUGCUCUUCUUUCCAGAUCAGAAAUGGAGCAAGCCCAUGCAAUGCCAGCCGAUAGGCCACGCCCCACAAUCAAGCUACGAUACGGUCUAUUCAAUAUGUACAGCAAGAAGAUCGACGCAAUUGACUAUUAUGAGGAGAAGCUGCGCAUGUUGGAUGAAAGGGUACACGCCUUGAGGACGGCCGAAUUCAAGCCCACACCCCUUGCUUUCGUGACAAUGGAAUCGACUGCAGCUUGUCAAAUGGCUAUCCAAGCAAUUUUGGAUCCUAAACCUGGACAGCUUCUGGCUAGCUCGGCUCCGCCACCCGCAGACGUCGUUUGGAAGAAUACCUACCUCUCACGAAACCACCGGAUCAUGCGGUCCUGGUCCAUCAUGAUUCUCAUCGGCAUUCUCACCAUAUUCUGGGCCGCCGUUGUUGCUCCGCUGGCCGGUUUGCUCAGUAUCGAAGUGAUCGAUAAAGUGCUACCCGGUCUUGCAGCAGCACUUGAGGAGCAUGAGAUCGUCCGCUCCCUUGUACAGACGGGUCUUCCGACAUUGCUCUUCUCUUUGUUAGCAUUGGCGGUACCAUACCUGUAUGAUUGGUUGGCGAAUCAACAGGGUAUGACUUCUCAAGGGGAUGUUGAGCUGUCCAUCAUCUCCAAGAACUUCUUCUUCACCUUCUUCAAUCUUUUCAUUGUGUUCACAAUUUGGGGUUCGGCCACCAACUUCUACGAAUUCUGGCAAGACUUGCGAGACAUUCUGCGCAACACUGCAGGAAUUGCGUAUGCUAUUGCGAAGGCCCUGGAACAGCUGUCUCCCUUCUAUGUCAACUUGAUCAUUCUUCAAGGGCUGGGUCUUUUUCCUUUCCGGCUGCUCGAAGUUGGCUCAGUGGCUCUAUAUCCAUUCUACCUCAUUGGUGCGAAGACACCGCGCGACUACGCCGAGUUGGCUAAGCCACCGAUUUUCAGCUACGGCUUCUAUCUGCCACAGACAAUGCUCAUCUUCAUCAUUUGCAUUGUGUACAGCGUCCUACCUUCCUCUUGGUUGAUCACCUUGUUCGGCCUGGUUUACUUCUGCAUCGGCGGUUUCAUCCACAAGUACCAGCUGCUCUAUGCCAUGGAACAUCGCCAACAUUCGACGGGUCAGGCGUGGCCGAUGAUUUGCAAUCGUAUCAUCACCGGCUUGAUACUCUUCCAGCUUGCAAUGACCGCGACUUUGGCACUUCGAGGCGCCCUGACUGCUUCCUUGUUUCUGGCACCAGUGCUUUUCAUCACAAUUUGGUACACCGCGUACUUUCAGCGGACAUACGUGCCGCUCAUGAAAUUCAUUGCACUACGCAGUAUUGACCGGCAAAGCUUUCCAGAGCUUCCUACGCCCUCGGAGUCUCCGUGGGACAGAGAUACUGACUACGGCCGCACUGUCGACACUGACCCUCAGACCGGCCUUCGUUAUAUCAAUCCCAACCUAGUGCAGCCCCUGGAGACGUUAUGGAUCAGGAAGCCGGGCCAUGGGGUCCGUCCACCGGAUCAAGCGUGAUGUUUCUACCAUGACUAUUGUUAAAGAGCAGUUCGAGCAUAGCUGGUGGAGCUACUGAAUUUUGUUUCGCAAUCGAGAUACCCUGUACAAUUUCGUCGCUCUUCAUCUGCAUUCCCGG